AUGUCUUUUAAUCUCACUGUUGUGUCCCAUCCGACUGUGGAUGUUGUCAAACCUUCGUUGAUGCUGGAGGACCGUUCAACAGGAGAAAGAUCGAUGAUCGGUAACGUUCCUUCAGGUUUACAGAGAAAGUGCAACGAAAUGCGUUUACGAACGAGCCGGCUGUCAAACAUUUUUCUUUCGGGCAUUCUAGACUGGAACUCUUUAUCUGGGUUACCUGGCUUGAUAUUGACUGUCAGUGAUCAAGGUGUUAAAUCACUUAGUCUUCAUCAUAGUGGCAAUAAGUUUCUACACUAUAUGAUGUCCUGUUGGAGAUACUUCAUCUUUCGAUUUGGUUUGGACUUGAAAGCAGAAGAUAAUUCCGAGACUGUCAAAAACGGCAGUGUUGACUAUACACCUGUAAAUAUUGCAUCAUCGGUGGAUUAUGGAAAUAAUGAAAAUAAAGAUGCUGAUCAUGCUAAAUUGAGAGAAAUUAUAAACGGUAUUUUCCCUUUUCAAAAAGAUCCAUCUAAGCCGGUUUAUAACAAAACAGCCACAAAUUUCACACUUCCAAAAUCAAUUAUAAAUCCCAGAGUUUCAACCAACUGGAUCAUCACCCCAGUAUCCAUUAGAGGAAAGUUUAUGGUCAAUGCUGCAAAAGAACUCGGUUGUGAAGUUUCACACUUCAAACCAUUGUGUAAUUUCGAAUCAGUAACGUUGAAAGACGGCACAGUUGUUAAACCCCAACAAGUUUUAGAGCCAACCAGGCAUUUCAAUCCUGUUUUGAUAUUGGACAUUCCAUCUGCAGAAUACAUCACAAAUACAAUUUCUCAUAACUGGUCUGAAAGCUCACCGAACAAUUUACCAUAUUCUGCCGUGUAUCAUUUUCUUGAUGAUUCUAUUGAAAAUCCUCUUGGGAUACCAGAGUAUGUAGAGUUUAUCAAGUCGUUUGGGCCUACUACUAUCCAUUUUAUUAGCCAUAGAUCAUACUGUCCGAACACUUUGAAUUACCACAAGACUUUGAAGGUUUCGCUUAAAUGGAAGACCCUUUUAAAAGACUUCUUUCCUUUACCGAAGUGGGUAAAUCAUUCAGAUUUGAAACUCAAUGGUGAGUUACCAAAUGUUCUUCCGUUAAUCUCCGGACAGAAUUUAAUUAUAAAAAGCGUUAACGGCACUGAACUUGAGGAAUCCACAAAGUUAGGAUCUGAAAUAUCAAAACACAGUGCAGAAGAUAGUAAAAGGUUAUACAACGAGGAAAUUAGAGACUCAGAUAUCAGGGGACUAAUUUCCCAAGAAGACUUCAAUACAAUGAUUGAUGAUAGAAAUAGUGCUCAAUCUUUGCGUAGACAGGUUGAUUUAUCGAAAAGCCUCAAAGAGCAAGUGGAGACGCUUAUUUUGGGGACCGGCUCGGCGAUUCCUGCUCAAGUCAGAAAUGUCAUAUCAAACUUGAUUCGUAUUCCUUACAAAACUGGAGAGGAGGUUGGUUUUCGUACUAUUGUGCUGGAUGCAGGUGAAAACUCGUUUGGCACUUUACGAAGAAUAUACCUCCCACAAGAGGUUGAUAUGCUACUUGACGAAUUGUGCAUGGUUUACCUUUCUCAUCUCCAUGCUGACCAUCAUUUAGGUAUUGUUGAUUUUAUCAGAGAAUGGAAUAAAAGGCAGGAUCAAAUCUAUGGCGCCAAAAGACAUAAAACAUUGGUUGUUAUUACCCCGUGGCAAUAUGACUUCUUCAUUGAUGAACUCAACAGGGUUGAUCCUUUUAUUAAUAAGGAAUUUUUAUUCCAUGUCUCUUGUGAUGAAUUCAUGCUAGGCUUUACUCCGCCAUCAUUAGAGCAGCUACAAAUUGAGGAUAUCACUGUUGAAGAAAUGAAGAACUGUAAGCCUAAAGAAAUGAAGUAUUUGAAAGAUUCUUCCAAAUCCGAGUACGUGUACCAAGUUUUGGGGAUGAGUGAGAUUCUUGCGUGUUCUGCAUACCACUGUGAGUACUCCUACUCCACCAGUUUUUCAUUCAGGUUGGACCUUUCCGAAAAAGACAAUUCUGAAGCAAACAUUUUCAAGGUAUCCUAUUCUGGAGAUACACGUCCAAAGUCUGCCUUUUCAUACAUCGGUAAAAAUUCUGAUCUUUUGAUACAUGAGUCUACUCUUGAAGAUGAAAAGCUUGCCGAUGCGGUUGAUAAAAGGCAUUCAACAACAUCAGAAGCGUUACAAGUUGGAAUUUUGAUGAAGGCCAAAAAGAUCAUACUAACUCACUUUUCACAAAGAUAUAAAUCAUUCACGUGCUCUGAAACCGUUUAUAAACGACUCAGAAAUCCGGUCAGUAAGAUUGAUCUUAUAGAAAAUGGGAAGUUUGUUCCACCAGAAUCAGAAGCUGUUACCCCAAAAUCGGCCAAAUCGUAUCAAUCUUCUUUACAGAAUGAUCCCGAUAUACCUCUAGAGGCCAAGUCAGUUAUUUUUGCUGAUGAUCUCAAUGAGGAUAUCAAGGACAAUGCAGCUAAGAUUGAAGUGCUUUUUGCUUUUGAUAAUAUGAAAGUACAAUAUGACCAAAUUUACAUGCAGAGAGAAGUCUUUGAGAAACAAAGAAAACAACUUGAAAAACUGUUCCCUAUGGACGAUGAAGAGUUCGUAGAUGAUCAGCCUGAGCAGCCAACGGAAAAGACAAAGUCUAAGAAAGUUAAGAAGCAGAAGGAAAUUAAAAAUCCUAAAAAACGCAAAUUAACUCCUCCCGGUGCUUAG